GCAGGUCUUCGCAUGUCAGCUCCGCCGUGUGAUGCAACGAGCUUUUCCCGAGCUUCGUCACUCAGGAUGACUCUGAGCUUGAUUUGUGUUUCGUAAACGGGAAUUACCCACAGGAGCCACAUAAAUAUUCCAACGUGCUGUAAAUGGAAGCCCAAAGCGACCGCAGCGAGUUGACCGGCGGACGGACCCCGACCCAGAGAGACGCGCAGCCGCCUUGACAGACAUGAACCCUCUGCCCGGUAAGAGCUCCACGGCUUAGGUCUGCAGGAACGAACCCGCAGCUGGACCCACCUGGCGCUGGUCAGCUGUGGGGGUCAGGUGCCGCCAGAGACACGGACAUUCGGCUCACUGCUGCCAAAACUAAGCUCAGCUGAGCGCUGCAGAUUCACAAUGAACAUACUGUAACUAUACUGUAAUAAUAUGAGAAGCAGCAAGUAGCUACACUGGCGGCCUUUGGUUACACUGGAUCACACUAACUUCAUGAUCUGGAAAGAGAGAAAGAGUCUAUCAUUCAUUCACGUUUUUGUUCAGGUGUUAAUCAUGUCAAUGAACAAAUCCAUGUCUUUAAUGUUUCCUGGCAGAGUCACUGAGUUUCUGUUUGUUGUCCCUCCAGUCUUAGUUCUGUUCAACUGGUUCUUGCCAGCGUUGGUUCUAACAGCACCGGCUUCCCCCCAGAAUCAGGGCCUCAAAAAGGCCGUGGAGCAAACCAAGAUGGUGCUGGACAAAGUCCUGGAGACCACCGCCACCAUUCCAGGUUUGACCCUCACCCCCCCCAGUCAGAGCACAGACCUGGACAGGAUGCGGAAGGAGUUGGACAUUCCCAACCCGCCCACCAUCGAACCGCUGUCACCCAACUUCACACUGGACAUGUGUAUGAGUCAUAUGUUGGCUGGAAUCCAGCUGCAUCAGAGUCUGGUCUCGGUUCUGUCGGGAAAACUCAGUGGGCUCAGCAACUUGAACAGCGACCUCAGAGACCUGAAGCUACGCAUCGACAAGAUGAAGGAGGCGGCACAUCUUAGUGAUACCAGUGGCUUGGAUCAGAACUCUAGCUCCGACCUUGUCAGUCAUCUUGAUACUGACUACAAUGUCCAGGUGGCGGUUCACCUGACGCUGACGCAGCUCCAGACCUUAUGCCAAGACAUGAUCCGCAGCCUCAGAAACAUCAACAGCUACUACAGGCUUGGAGCAGCGUUGCACUAAGCCCGAAUCAGCGCUGCAUUCAGGGACAUACAUGUGGAUGUGAAACAGACUGAACCAUGUGGAGGCGUGGACGCUCAGACGGCUGUACUGUUAGAACGCAGCACUGAACAUAAUUAGUUCUUUAUAUUUAUUUAUUUAUAUUCUAUUUAUUCUAUUUAUUCCGAUACAGUUGAUGCUAACAGAGCGAUGAGCUGAGUCGACUGCAACGUCCAGCAACAGAAUAAGCACAAAAGCCAGUGGAGACAAACAUUAAUCUAAAAAAAUGUAUUUAGAACUUUUAUUCAGUUGGAAUCUGAAGAGAAACAUUUGUUUCUGUGAAACGCAAACAUUUUAUACCUGGUUUUGACAUGACAAGAUGCCUUUUAUGGAACCAGAGCCCAAGACAUACCUGUGUGCUCUUACAGGUUUACAUUAGUCGGAACUAUAUAUCUAAGACCAGAUUCAAAUAGAGCAUCUACUCUGACCUCGUUCAGCCUGAGGAUCAGGGACUCGUCUGGAAAACAAGCAGCAGGCAAAACCCCAACAUGCAAGUCUGAACGUGCUGCUGUCGUCUCUUCACUUGCUGCAUAAUGUUCAGGAACAUUGUUCAACGGGUCUAUGUUAAAAUGCUCUUAUCAAUAAUAUUAUUACUCUUAUUAAUUCAGUAUUUAUUUGGGAGCUUUGCUCUAAACAGCUUUGCUCUAAUAACAUUAGUUUUUUCACUUGUUAAUUUGCUCAUGUGUAGCUUUGUGAAUGUUGUUAGAGUGAGGUUGACAAUAAAGAGAGAGAGAGAGCUGCUGAUUAACUCGAGGUUUGAUCAACAGCAACAAUGAUAACGAACAUUUGACUUUAAGUCAUGACGUCAAGUUGUUAUUUACUGAAAUGUGUGAAACCUGAUACUUUAUUACUUAUACUUUAUUUAUACUAAAUGUUUCUCUGCUAUUUUUAUAAUGAAAUUUCUAUUUUUAUAUUUCAUUUUUUAUAUGCUCACAGUCUGUUUUGUGUCACAGUCUUUGUUCAUUCAUUUUCCAAAUAAAGAUAAUUCACUUUG